GCAAUAAUUUUGUUUAGGGUUUAAACGAUUCUUUAGGGGAUUUUAGAGGGAGCGAGGGAGAGUUCCUAGAAUCUAAGACGAUCGAGCAGCAUCGGGGCAUUCUUGCAAUACGCGCGCGAUCGCUCUGGAAGAAUGCAGGCAAGCUACGGCGCGGACAAGCUCAUCGUGUGGCCGCCGUGCGUGCUGCUGGAACAUACGGGGCUGGGGCAUGAUCCGGAGACUGGGAAGAGCAUCGGCCUCAAUGCCGCGGAGGUGAGGAGUGCUGUGAGCGCAGUGGCGCCCAAGAUCGCGAUCCGCAGGGUUGUUCCCGUGUACAAGGAGGAAGGGCACAAGGGCCGCUACCUCGUCGUCUUCCCGGAUUGCGACGCUGGGUACAUCGACGCGGUGGCUCUCCAUGAUGCGUUCAAGGAUCGCAAGAGGGGGCGUGACGAGUGGGGGCGUGACGAGCGGCAGGAGGUCCGCUAUGGCGAGAAGAAGAAGGAGCUCUAUGGAUACUUGGUGGAGCCGCACGAGAUGAAGAAGCUAGACAGGAAGAAAAGACUGGUGAGGAACUGGAAGGAGGAGAGUUUCCAAGAGAAAGUGAUGAAGUCGCAGCGAGAGAAGAUGAAGGCUAGCGAGGAGAACCAGAAGAUUGAAGCCGAGCUGCUAGCAUCGGUGAACGAGCAAAAGAGAAAACUGGCGGCCGAUGAGGCCGCCAUGGACAAGCGCAAGGCAGAGAUUAUGGCCGUGGACGAGGAGUAUGCUGCCGAGGAGCGCCGGCAGGAGGAGAAUAGGAAAAAGCACGAAGAACAAAAAAAGCGGAUGAUAGACCAGUUUGAAGCGGAGAAGGCCGAGCGAUUGAGGCAAUUCACCGAGAAAGAGAUGAAUAUGCGCGCCGAAAUCAACAAGAACCUCAAAGACGAAGAAGAUGAGAUGGCUCGCAUUCGUCGAGACAACUCGUCUCUGGAGAGUAAUAUUAGAGUGCAGCAAGCUUUGGCCAUGGCGGACAUGCGCGCUAGAACUCAAGUGGCUAUCGCUACCGAAGCGCAGAAGGGCCUUGACGAAAUCAAGACAAGGCAUGAGUUCAAGUUGCGGGAGAUGAAAGAGCGGCAUUUGGAGGAGAGGAAGAAGCUCCUGGAGGAGCGCGCUGCAAAGAAGGAGGCAGCGUGGAACAGCUACAACGUCGGCCAGGAAGCUCUGGACAAGGAGAUGGAGACCGUCCUUGGGCUUGAGUGCCAGGUUUGUUUCGAAGAGUUUGGCCCCGAAAGGCCCAAGGUGUUUUACAUCGCCUGCAAGCAUGCCAAGUCAUGCCAGCCGUGUGCGGACGAGCUGUGGAAGAAGAACCACGAGUGUCCCCACUGCCGGACCGUCCAGAACAAGAAGCCUAUCAAGCUCUUUGACUGAUAUUUAUCUACCAUACGUACAUUAUACUCCGGUAAGUUGGAGCUUUUCUGAAUCAAGGCUCUUUUCAGGAUCAACAAGAACUUGGAACUAUGCAUAGUGGCUUUAACUUUUGGAGCAAAGUAUUUGGGGGAUCUUCCACGGUUUUAUAAGCUAGAGAAUAGUAGUGUUGGGAGUGUACAAAAUUUGUCGGGGGACCGACCAGACUAUAUAUCAUAUACCUCUGCUAAACUUCUCUAAGUU